AUGUUAUCUCACGUCGAGACCGUCCCGGCAGAUCAGCCACCAAGGACACAAUCUGUUGUUUCUCAAAAGGGGAUUGCCGGAGUCGAACAACGUCACUUCGUCGAUGAGCACGUUAUCAAAGCCGAAAAUGAAGACAAGAUGACCCCUUACCUGUUCUUUUUGAUUGCUUCGGCGGCGCUUGGUGGAUUCCUAUACGGUUACGACGCCGGCGUUGUCGGUGUUGCACUUCCUUAUAUUGGGACAGAUUUUGGCGGUCAUGCACUCUCCUACCCUCAACAGGAGAUUGCCACAGCGGCCACCACCAUCGGCUCUAUCUUCGGGGCUGCCAUCUUGGGCAUGUUCGCCGACAGAUGGGGUCGAAAGACCUGCUUACUGGUCUCUGACUUGUUCUUUACCACCGGUGCUAUCGUGAUCGCAUCGAGUUUCUCUCUCGGUCAGCUCAUCGCUGGUCGUCUUAUCCUUGGCGUUGGAGUGGGCGGGGCGGCUGUUAUAUGCCCUCUUUACAUAACAGAGCUGGCUCCCACUGCCGUUCGUGGGCGGUGUGUCGGUACAAACGGCUUCUGCAUUCCAUUUGGCCAGACAGUCGCUGUCGCUCUUGGUGCUGGCAUGCAGCACGUCAGGGGCAACUGGCGGAUCCUCUUCGGUCUUGGCGUUGUGCCCUCGCUUCUGCAGCUCGCCCUCAUGCAUAAGCUGCCGGAGUCGCCUCGUGUUCUUAUCCUUCGUGGUCAGGACGACAAGGCUCGAGAAGUACUGAAGACAAUCUACAAGUUCGCCUCACCGGAGAUCAUCGAGCUCAAGCUGCGUAUCGUCAAAGAUCACAUUGCCGCCACCAAGGCUCUGCAACGCUCGACCACUUUUUGGCAACGUUCGAAGAAGCUGUGGACUCACAAGCCUUACCGCCGUUCGAUUUUCGCUGUUAGCCUUAUCCAGGUCUUUGGUCAAUUCACUGGAUACAACACCCUGCUCUAUUACGCUGGCACGCUGUUCGGACUCCUGGGCCUUUCCAAUCCGUCUGUUGGCGGUUUGAUCCCCUCGGUCACUAAUACUUUCUUCCUUCUUUGUGGCAUGGUCAUGGUGGACCGGAUUGGUCGCCGUGGGCUGUUGAUGAGAUUCGGUCCCAUCAUGGUCAUCGGUCUCACUUGGUGUCUAGUCGCUUUCUAUUUCAUGUGCAAGCCCACAGGACACGUCCUCGUUAAGGGUUACCCAUAUCCCCAGAAAGACGUCGGCCUGGUCAUCGCCGGAAUCGUCAUCUUCGUCGCCGGCUUUGGCUCCACCUACGCACACCUUUGUUGGUACCAGUCCGAGUACCUCGCCCUCGAAAUUCGUGCUGCGGGCAGUGCUAUCAGCACGACCGCAAGCUUUACAGCAAAUUUGGUGGUCGCCGUGUCCUUCCUGAGCGAACUCGAACAGCUGACUCCCAGCGGCACAUACGGUCUAUACCUUUGCUUCAUCAUCAUCGGCCUUGUUAUUGCCUACUUCUGCUACCCUGAAACUAAGGGCCUAUCGGUUGACGAAGCCUUCACCCUCUUCGACGAUGGCUUCGGCGUCAAGAAAUCAAAGGAGAUGCGACGAGAGAAGAUCGAAAUGCGAAAGACCUAUAACGCCGGGGACCUUCAUAUGGGUUUAGCCGAGGUGGUAGACAAAGGCGCAGCCUCUCACAUGGAGAAUGUGAAUCCCGUCAGAUCUAUUUGA